GAGUAGUAGUUGUUAAGUCCGCCAGAACAAGGUAGUUCGUUCAACUACAAACUCAUGCUCUUCUUCAGAAGCUCCUCCUCUCUCCUUCGAAACUCUCUCCACUUUCUCUCUCUCCAAUCAAUCGCUUGCUCUUCCUCCAUUUCCAUGGCCGCCACAGUUAUGGAAUCCGAAUCGCCAUGCACAUUGGUUCUACAUGGUAAAUCCACGGCGGAGAAUGAUACUGCCAAAUCUCUUAAGCACAAUAACACUCUGAAGCUCCCUGAAAACGGUGGCGUUUCAGUUCUUCUGCACUCGGAGUUGGAUAAACCUUUGGAGGAGGACUCGUUCGGAAUCGACUCGUAUAUGAAUUCUCUCUCAACCUAUAAGUUUGGAAGGUUUAUCCUUUGGUCUCCGCGGUUAUCUUCAACGCACGACGUUGUUUCUCGAAAUUUCGAUGAGAUUCCGACGGGUUCGGUUUGUGUGGCUGAUAUUCAGUACAAAGGGAGAGGGCGGUCGAAGAAUAUGUGGGAAUCACCUAAGGGUGGUCUACUGUUCUCUUUUACAUUGCAGAUGGAGGAUGGACGAGUUGUGCCUCUUGUUCAAUAUGUGGUUUCUCUUGCUGUGACAGAGGCUAUUAACUAUCUUUGUGAUAAAAAUGGUUUACCAUGUGUUGACGUUAGAAUAAAAUGGCCCAAUGAUCUUUACUUGAAUGGCCUCAAAGUUGGAGGAGUUCUCUGCACUUCAACAUAUAAGUCCAAUAAGUUUAAUGUCAGUGUCGGUAUAGGUCUGAAUGUUGAUAAUGAGAAACCGACAACAUGUUUGAAUGCAUUUCUUAAAGAGCUGUCUAGUUUGGAUUACAAGUUCAGAAGAGAAGAUAUUCUUGCUGCCUUCUUUUGCAAAUUUGAGAAGUUCUAUGAUAUUUUUAUAAGUCAAGAUUUCAUCAUAUUAUGCAGGCUUCCAGGCGUUGGAGAACUUAUACUACAAAACAUGGCUGCACAGCGGGCAGAGGAUUAUUGUACAGGAAAAGAAUCAAGACCUCGUGGUAGAAAAUGUAGUUACAAUUCAGGGUUUGACCUCCUCAGGAUACUUGUUAGCUGUUGGAGAUGACAAUCAAAUGUGUGAACUUCAUCCUGAUGGGAAUAGUUUUGACUUCUUCAAAGGCCUGAUUAGAAGAAAGCUUGAGUGAGAAAACAUCCAUGUACAACUUCAACCAUUCUGCUAAAAUGUGGCUGUCUCGUGUGCUCUCACGUUUUCAGUUUAUUAUGUAUGGUGUCCAUUUAUUUUGCUGGAAUAUUAUAUGUGUAUGUGUGUGUGUAAUUGGUUGAUUAAGGACACAAGUUUCGGGUCUAAGAUAUCAGUUUAUCAUAGAAAUGUAGUUAUCAGUCAUUUUAAAUAUGUUUAAUUAAAAACUUAAUAUUUAAUUUA